AUGGAGAAGCCAAAGCCUAAAGGUCUGUUGGAGCGACUGCAGGCCGAUGAGACCGUCAUCUGUGCAGGUGGCUACCUGUUAGAACUGGAGCGGAGAGGAUAUCUGCAGGCCGGAACCUUCGUGCCGGAGGUCGUCCUAGAACACCCCGAGCAAGUGGAGGCUCUGCAUAGGGAGUUUGUGCACGCUGGUAGCGACGUGGUGCUGGCAUUAACGCACUACUUACAUCGUGAAAAGUUGCGGAUCAUCGGCCGGGAGGCGGACCUGGAGCGGCUGAACCGCACGGCUCUGCAGCUGGCCAGGAAGGUGGCUGACGACACCGGCACCCUCAUGGCGGGAAACAUCUGCAAACUCAACCUGUUCGACCCCAACAACCCCGGAUGGAGGGACACGGCAGAGGCCAUGUUCAAGGAGCAGUUGGAGUGGGCCGUUGAGGGCGGAGCAGACUUCGUGGUGGCCGAGUCCUUCUUCGCCUGCGCCGAGGCUAUGUUCGCUCUGGAGUGCGCCAGGAAGUACGCCAAAGGUCUACCCGUGGUGGUGACCCUGAACCUGCAGCGCCACUCGGAGCUGAUAGAUGGCGUUCCUAUCCAGAAGGCCCUGCAGGACCUGGCGGCGGCCGGGGCGGACGUGGUGGGGCUGAACUGCGGCCGGGGCCCGCCCACCAUGCUGCCUGUCCUCGAGCAGGCCGCGGAAAACAUCAAGAUCCCCCUGGCUGCAGUUCCCGUGCCGUACCAGACUCACGAGGCCGACCCGAACUUCCUCACACUCAAGGACGAACACGGUAAUGUGGCGUUUCCUCUGGACCUCGACCCUUGGCUAUGCAGCCGGUCUCAAAUCGCGGCGUGGAGCCGGCGGGCGCACGCCCUCGGGAUCCGGUACCUCGGGCUGUGCUGCGGGAACGCCUCGCACUUCACCCGCGCCAUGGCCGAGGCGCUGGGCCGCCAGCCGCCCGCCAGCCGCUACACGGCCGACAUGUCCAAGCACGCCUACUACGGGACGGACCCGACUCUCGUCAAGUUUAACACGCAGGAGGACGGCGAGAGUGUGAUCUGCGCGGAGGGAUAUCUGUUCGAGUUCGAGCGACGCGGUUACCUCAAGGCCGGCGGUUUUGUGCCGGAAGUCGUCAUCGAGCACCCGGAACUGGUGGAGGGUCUGCAUAGGGAGUUUGUGCACGCCGGUAGCGACGUGGUGCUGGCCUUCACGUACUACGCUCAUCGGGAAAAGAUGCGCAUCAUCGGCCGUGAGUCCGAUCUGGAGCGGAUCAACCGGACGGCGCUGCGGCUGGCCAGGAAGGUGGCGGACGACACCGGCACGCUGAUGGCGGGAAACAUCUGCAACCUGAACAUCUACAACCCGGCGGACCCGGGCUGGGAGGAGCGCGCUCACGGCAUGUUUAAGGAGCAGUUGGAGUGGGUAAUGGAGGAGGGCGGCUGCGACUUCAUCGUCGCCGAGACGUUCUUCGCGUACGCCGAGGCUAAAGUGGCGCUGGAGUGCGUCAGGAAAUACGCCAAAGGUGUGCCUGUUGUGGUGAGCUUUAACCUUAAGCGUGGAGACGCCCUGAUAGACGGGGUUCCUAUCCAGGAGGCACUGGGGCGCAUGGCGGCGGCCGGGGCGGACGUGGUGGGGCUGAACUGUGGCCGGGGUCCCGCCACCACACUGCCGGUCCUCGAGCAGGCCAUACAGAACGGCAUCAAGACGCCGCUCGCCUUCGUGCCCGUCCCCUACCGCACGGAUGACGUCACUCCGCAGUUCAUGACGUUCAAGGACAUAGACGGCACAGGUGAGAUCGCGUUUCCUCUUGACAUGGACCCGUACCUGUGCAGCCGGUCUCAGAUCGCGGCGUGGAGCCGGCGGGCGCACGCCCUCGGGAUCCGGUACCUCGGGCUGUGCUGCGGGAACGCCUCGCACUUCACCCGCGCCAUGGCCGAGGCGCUGGGCCGCCAGCCGCCCGCCAGCCGCUACACGGCCGACAUGUCCAAGCACGCCUACUACGGGACAGACCCGACGCUAGUCAACUUCAACACGGAAGAGGUCGCCACGUUCUGAAGAAACGUAAUUCUCCAGUGUUACCAUCUAGAUGAGGUAAAUUUUAUUAUCGCAAAUCUCUGCAAAACAGUGUAGAAAGAUACUUAGGCAUUUGAAUUAGUCACUGCUUUUGAAUGUGAGUCUUUACAUUUAAACGCAUUUCUCCUUUGUAGUCAUUAUUCUGAACAUUUAUCAUAUUCUAAACACUUCAUUUUCCAGUCUUCAGGGACAAACAAUCAAGCACCAGGUUAGAUUAUUAGAGGUAGAACUUUGUAAUUCAUACUCAUUGAAUUAAUUACUCAUUAAUUAAUUAAUUACUCAUUAAGAUUAUCUAUUUGUGUACAUAAUGUCAUCUCAUAAAAAUACUGCACAAGAAAAACUCUGUAAGUUCGUUUAUACCUGUUUUAAGAGGGAAGAAACAUGUUAAUUAUGUCAAUGUUAGCCUUAGAUGUUUAUCCAUCUGUAUGCAAUAGAUGUAGUAUAGCACUUUGUAGAAUUUUAAUGUCUACAUGACUCAUGUAAAACUACAUAUGUACUGCGCUUAGCCCUCAUGGGCAUGAAUGUGCAAAUAAACAUCAUUGUCAUUGUCAUUAAUUAAGUCUUACAAUUGUGAUGUUGUUCUGCUCGUACAUUGUUGAACAUUCAUUUAAAGUUAGCCUUUAGGAUGAAUUUGCAGCAAACAUUAUAUUGUAUAAUUUUCAUAUAUUAUAUUACAAAAUGUAAUGGUCCCAGUGAGGUGCAUAUUUAAUUAUAGUACACAGGACAAUUAUAUCCCUUUGGAAUAAAUAUGAGUGCAGGGAAACUUAUCUUCAACUAAUAAUAAAAGGAUGUGUGACAGGU